AUGGUGCUGGAGUCGGUCGUGGCGGAUCUGCUGAACCGCUUCCUGGGCGACUAUGUGGAGAACCUGAACAAGUCUCAGCUCAAGCUGGGCAUUUGGGGGGGUAAUGUGGCACUUGACAAUUUGCAGAUAAAGGAGAAUGCGUUAAGUGAACUGGAUGUACCUUUUAGAAUAAAAGUUGGUCAGAUAGAUAAACUCACUCUGAAGAUUCCUUGGAAGAAUCUCUAUGGAGAGGCCGUUGUUGCAACUCUGGAAGGCUUGUAUCUUCUAAUAGUUCCUGGAGCAAGCAUUAAAUAUGAUGCAGAGAAGGAAGAAAAAUACUUGCAGGAUAAUAAACAAAAGGAACUGGCAAGAAUCGAGGAAGCCUUGCAGAAAGCAGCAGAAAAAGGCACUCAUUCACAAGAUUCCUUGUAUGGGUUGGAGAGUCUGAUUUACAAGGACUACAAGCCUGGACAUAAGCGUAAAAAGUAUAAAAAGCAUUUUAAGAGACCCUUUAAAAGUCAUGAUCACUCAAAAGACAAACCAAAGGAAGAGAAGAAAGAUACUUUCUUAGAAAAGCUUGCAACUCAAGUUAUAAAAAAUGUGCAAGUCAAAAUCACAGGAAUUCAUAUUAAAUAUGAAGAUGAUAUCACAGAUCCUCAGUGCCCUAUUUCCUUGGGAAUGACAUUGGGCGAGCUUAGUUUACUGACCACAAAUGAGAACUGGAAACCUUCUAUUCUGAAUGAAGCUGCAAAAAUAAUAUACAAGCUUUUGUGCCUGGACAGCCUCAGUGCUUAUUGGAACAUAAACAGCGAAAUGUAUUAUCAUGGCUCCCGUGAGCAAAUACUGGAUCAGCUAAAAAGAGGAAUUCCACGUAGUGAUCAUCAGCCUCAAGACUACCAGUAUAUUUUUAGACCAGUGUCAGCCUCUGCAAGACUGUUUAUCAACCCACACGCAGAAGCAGAAUUAAAAACUCCCAAGCUUGAUUGUAAUGUGGAAGUACAGAGAAUUGCCAUUGAAUUCACUAAGCCACAGUACCUCAGCAUGAUAGACCUUCUGGAGUCCAUAGAUUGCAUGGUUCGCAAUGCACCAUACAGAAGAUUUAGGCCAAAUGUAUGUCUCCAUAAAAAUGCCAGACAAUGGUGGAAGUAUGCAGGCAACAGUGUUCUUGAAGUUCACAUCAGAAGAUAUACACAAAUGUGGUCGUGGAGCAACAUAAAACAACAUAGGCAGCUUCUAAAGAGUUACAAAAACUUGUACAAGAACAAGCUGACACAGAGUAAACUGUCAGAAGAAACACAGAGGCAAAUUCAGGACCUGGAAAGAAAGCUUGAUGUCUUCAAUAUAAUCUUAGCAAGACAACAAGCACAAGUUGAGACAAUUAGGUCAGGACAAAAACUACUGAAGAAGAAAAGCACUGAAGUAGAAAAAAAAAGCGGAUGGUUUGGUGGUUUCUGGGCUAAAAGAGAAUCUAGGAAAAAGGAAGAUGAGGAAUCACUUGUUCCUGAAACUAUUGAUGAAUUAAUGACACCAGAAGAGAAAGCUCAGCUUUUUACUGCUAUUGGAUAUAGUGACAGCUCACAUCGCAUUUCCUUACCAAAGCAGUAUGUUGCCCACGUUGUGACACUGAAGCUGUUAAGCACUUCUCUUACAAUUAAAGAGGACAAGAAUGUGGCAGAAACUCUUAAAGUACAGAUAAUUGAUCUGAGUACCAAAAUAUUACAGCGUCCAGGAGCACAAGCUAUUAAGGUCGAAGCAAAGCUUGAAAACUGGUAUGUUACAGGCCUGAGACAAGAAAACAUUGUACCGUCUCUUGUGGCUUCCAUAGGAGAUAGCAAGUCUUCUCUACUUAGGAUAGAGUUUAAUGUUAACCCAGAGGAUAGUACUGCUGACCAGAGUCUUACUAUUGAGUCACAGCCUGUGGAAAUAAAAUAUGAUGCAAGAACAGUAAAUGCAAUGGUAGAAUUCUUUCAGACAAAUAAGGGUAUGGAUCUUGAAAGGUUAACAUCAGCCACUUUAAUGAAGCUGGAAGAAAUCAAGGAAAGAACUGCUACAGGAUUAAUUCAUAUCAUUGAAAUGCGGAAAGUCCUUGACUUGAAGAUUAACCUGAAACCUUCCUACCUUGUGGUUCCACGGACGGGUUUCUAUCAUGAAAAAUCAGAUUUGCUGAUUUUGGACUUUGGUACAUUUCAGCUGAACAGCAUAAAUCAAGGCAGUAGUCAAGCUUCUAGCUUUUCAUCUUUAGAGGAGAUUAUGGACAAAGCUUAUGACAAGUUUGACGUGGAAAUAAAAAACGUGCAACUUCUUUUUGGAAAAGCAGGUGAAGACUGGAAGAAGGCUCGUUUUCAACAUCCAUCAACUUUGCACAUAUUACAGCCUAUGGAUAUUCAUGUACAGUUGGCAAAAUCGAUGGUGGAAAGAGAUACCAGGAUGGCAAAGUUUAAAGUGUCAGGAGGCCUUCCUUUGGUGCACAUUCGACUCUCUGACCAGAAAAUGAAGGCAAUUUUUGAUUUGAUUGAUGGCAUUCCGUUGCCUCAGAAGUCAUCUGUGUCAGUUCCAAGCACAAAGGUACUGGCUAUUCCCAAAAUUCCCGCUGUUAGUAAGGUGUUGUGUAAUACACCUCAGUUUUUAGCAGAAAUAGUGUCAGAGUCUGAAGAAGAAUGUUUUGAUUUUGAGGAAAGUUCCAAACCAACUGACGAAUCACUAAUUAAAGGAGAACUACAAGAUAAAGAGCCUGACAAAGAGGAACUAACAGACCUUCAGCUGAAGUUUGAAAUCAAAGAGGUUUUAGUAGAACUCACCAGGCAAAAGAAAACUGAGGAAACGGUGCUUGUAUUUGAUGUAAUGCAUCUUGGGACAGAAGCUACUGUCAGAACCUUUAAUUUAGCAGCCGUAUCUUAUUUAAAGAAAAUAAGCUUGGAUUACUAUGAAACUGGAGGUAAGAAAGCACCCAUUCAUCUAAUCAGCUCCUCAGAUAAACCUGGCUUGGACCUUCUGAAGGUGGAAUAUAUCAAGGCAGAUAGGAAUGGGCCACACUUCCAGACAACUUUUGACAACACUGAACAGAUGAUUCAAGUAACUUUUUCAUCAUUGAACCUUCUGCUGCAUACAGAGGCUCUUAUGUCUACAGUGAGUUUUCUAACAGUUGUUAGACCAUCAGACAAUAAAAGUAGUGGAAACAUACUAGCCAAAGAAGAAAAGCAAGAUGAAACUUUAUUAAGGAAAGGUACAGUUGUACCUUCCAAGGAUAAUGAUGCUUUUGACUUCAAGCUUUUUGCCAAGCUGGAUGCCUUCUGUUUAAAUAUUUGUGAUGAAAAAAAGAAUAUCGCGGAGAUCAAGAUACAAGGUCUAGACUCAUCUCUUCUCCUUCAGCCAAGUCGCAGUGUAUUCUUUGCCCGACUUAAAGACAUAGUUGUCACAGAUGUUGAUUCAAGGACCCUUCAUAAAAAAGCUGUGUCUAUAGUAGGAGAUGAAGUUUUCAGUUUCCAUCUGUCAUUAGAUCCAUAUGCUACUGAGGGAGAAGCCUACACUGACAUGUCUAAAGUGGAUGGUACCGUGUCUCUGAAAGUAGGCUGUAUUCAAAUAGUGUGCCUUCAUAAAUUUUUCAUGUCUCUUCUGACCUUCCUGAACAAUUUUCAGACAGCUAAGGAGACACUGAGUGCUGCUACAGUCCAAGCUGCAGAAAAGGCUGCUACCAGUGUGAAAGACUUGGCUCAAAGGAGUUUUCGACUUGCGAUGGACAUUCACUUGAAAGCACCAGUCAUAGUCAUUCCUCAGUCCUCAGUUUCCCCCAAUGCUAUAGUAAUAGAUCUUGGCUUGAUUAAGGUUCAGAACCAGUUUUGCUUGGUGUCUCCAGAAGGCAGUUCACUUCCUCCAGUCAUUGACAAAAUGGAUGUGCAGCUGACAAAGCUGAAACUGUCCAGAACCUCUAUAGAGACAGAUUUGUUACAUACAGAUAUUCAGAUACUUCACCCUAUUAAUUUAAGCCUUUCUGUGAAACGAAAUCUGUCUGCAGCUUGGUUUCACAAACUACCAGUUUUGGAGAUCACAGGGUAUCUGGAUUCAAUGAAUGUUGUGUUAAGUCAAGAGGAUUUGAAUGUCUUUCUGAAAGUGUUGAUGGAAAACCUUGAUGAAGCAGAAGGAAAACAAACUCAUGCAAAAUCAGUACUGCAAAAGGAAGAUAAAACCAAAGAAAUGGACAAACUGCUUUUGACGCAGGAGAAAGGUGUUCCAGGAGGAACGCUGUCUGAAAAGAAAAAAGUAACAUUAAAUGAAGAUGUAAUCAAUAUGCUACUUAAUUUUGAAAUCAAAGAGGUUGUAAUAAACUUGAUGAAGCAGGUUCAGAAGGAGAGACAUCCGUUACAUGUUCUAACUGUGCUACAGCUUGGAACUGAAACCAAAAUUAGAAAUCAUGAAGUGGCUGCAGCAGCUUAUCUGAAAAAAAUUAUGAUGAGAUGCAUUGAGAUAAAUGACUCAAGAGGAGAUCCUCUUUGCAUCAUUAAUUCCUCAAGUGAGACAGAUGAACAUCUUCUGAAAAUGGAAUACAUUAAGGCUGAUGCUGGUGGCCCAGAUUUUGUAACUACUUACAAAAGCACCAAGCAAAACAUCAAUGUCAUCUUUUCAUGUUUGGAUAUAGUACUUCAUACAGAGGCUUUAUUAUCCAUCAUGAGUUUUCUCACAUUCAGUGUCCCAUUGGGUGGUCUUCCCAGCCCUGAUAAAGCAUCUGAUAACAAGCCUCAAAUAAAAGAACAAGAAAAUGGAAUUGUGUCUCUUGUUUUCUAUCCAGUGUCUAGUAAUGCAGCCUAUGAUGAUGAUGUCUGUGAAUUAAAACUUACUGCAAAGCUAAAUACAUUCAGCAUUAUGGUGUGUGAUCAGACCUGUGGAAUUGCAGACAUUAGAAUACAAGGAAUGGAUGCAUCUGUAGCCAUGAAACCUAGAGAGAUUAAUGUGUUCUCCAGACUUGAGGACAUCAUAAUUACAAAUGUUGAUCCAAAAACAAUCCAUAAAAAGGCUGUCUCCAUAAUGGGAGAUGAAGUGUUUAGAUUUCACAUCUCACUUUAUCCAGAUGCUACUUCAGGGGAAGCCUAUGCUGAUAUGUCAAGAGUGGAUGGUAAAAUGUCUCUGAAAGUGGGCUGCAUCCAAAUAAUUUACCUACACAAGUUCUUUAUGUCUCUCUUGAACUUCCUAAACAAUUUUCAAACAGCACAAGAAGCCCUGACCACAGUCACUGUCCAGGCAGCAGAAAUGGCUGCUUCCAGCAUGAAAGAUUUUGCAAAAAAGAGCUUCCGCCUCUUAAUGGAUGUCAACUUGAAAGCUCCAGUUAUAGUUAUUCCUGAAUCUUCAACUUCAUGUAAUGCUUUGGUAGCUGAUCUUGGCUUAAUCAGAGUUCAGAAUGAAUUCAAGCUGGAGUCAUCAGAUGACUCUUCUCUUCCUCCAGUCAUUGACAACAUGCUUGUGCAGCUAACGCAUUUGAAAUUGUCAAGGUGCAUUGUAUCCAUGGAUUCUCAACGAGAUUCUGAAAUUCUGUGUCCUGUGAGUUUGACUUUACUGGUCCAGAGAAAUUUAGCAGCAGCUUGGUAUCACAAAACCCCAGCAAUUGGUAUUAAAGGAGAUCUAAAGCCAAUGCAGAUUGCGCUCAGCGAAGAUGAUCUAACCGUUGUCAUGAAAAUUUUACUUGAAAACCUUGGAGGGGCUUCUUCCCAGCCAAAUACUCUGCCAGAGAACACUGGAGAUAAAAAUGUGAAAAUAUUUUCUUUUCCUUUCACAGGUCCUCUUGUUCUUGGAGAAAAACCCAUUUCUGCAGUUCAAUCUUCUGAAGAAUGUUAUGCAGCACUUAAAUUUGACUUUAAUUUUGAGUCACUUUCAGUAACUCUCUACAACAGUGAUAAAAAUCAGAAAUCUCUGCUUUCGCUGCAUAGUGACAAAUUACGCCUCGGUGAACUCCGGCUGCAUCUUAUGGCAUCAUCGGGGAAGAUAUUUUCAGAUGGCUCAAUGGGUAUUCAUGUUGAACUCAAGGCAUGUACCCUGGAUGAUCUCAGAGAAGGCAUUCAGAAUGUGACUGCAAGAAUGAUAGACAAGAAAGAUGACACAAGUGACAGUUGCAUGAUAGAUAUAAGCUACAAACAGGAUAAAAAUGGAACUGAAGUUGUUGCUGUCCUUGACAAGCUGUACAUAUGUGCCAGUAUGGAGUUUUUGUUGGCGGUAGCAGAUUUUUUCGUUAACUCAAUGCCAGCAUCCUCAACUGAAAAAUCUGCACAGAUGCAAUUAAAGCAUAUGGCUUCUGGGAAAUCCAAGCCAGAAACAGAAAUGUCUGUGUGGCCAAAUAUGACAGUAAAAGCUGUGAUCAUGGAUCCAGAAAUUGUGUUUGUUGCUAAUUUGACCAGUGCUGAUGCCCCUGCCUUAAAAGUUUCCUUCCAAUGUGACUUUUCUCUGACAUCUGGGAAGGUUGCACAAAGGAUGACUGCUCAAGUGAAGGCCUUUAAAGUGCUAGCCUGUGCCUUUCUCAAAGAUAAACAGGACAAGAAUGUUACGAUGGUGUUACAGCUGUGUUCUUUGGUCAUGGAAAAUAUGAUGCAUGUCUCAGGGUUACAAACUGUGGUAGUAACAAUAGAAGAACUUACUGUAAAGAUCUCACCAAUAAUUCUCAACACUGUGAUGACCAUCAUGGCUGCCAUAAAACCCAAAACAACAGAGGAGGGUUCUAGAGGAACAACUGAAGUUUCUGACAAUUUGUGGCAAGUGAAGCCUCUAGAUCAGUGCAAUGCUUGGUUUCUUGGUGUUGAUAUAGCCACAGAAGCAACAGAAACUUUUAAGGACCAUGAGCAUGUUCUGAAACAAGAGAAGUUUGACAUUGUAGUGAAAUCAGUUCAGAUCACUUUGGAAUGUGGUCUGGGACAUCGGACUGUCCCUCUCUUGUUAGUGGAAUCUGUGUUUUCAGGUGUUCUUAAAAACUGGUCCUCACUGGUCGAGGUCACUGCUGAUAUGUCAUUGGAGAUUCAUUAUUACAAUGAAGCCUAUGCAGUGUGGGAGCCACUCAUUGAACGAAUUGAAGGAGGAAAGAAGCAGUGGAGUUUAAAACUGGAAAUGAAGACUAACCCUGUCCAAGAGAGAAGUUUGAUGCCUGGAGAUGAUUUCAUUGUUCUUCCUGAGCCACAAACUGCAGUUCAUAUCUCUUCGAAGGAUACAAUGAAUAUAACAAUAUCCAAAUGUUGUCUUGCUGUUUUCACUAAUUUAGCCAAGGCAUUUUCAGAAGGCACUGCAUCCACGUUUGACUAUUCCUUCAAAGAGACAGCACCUUACGUAGUGAAAAACGCCCUAGGUGUUCCACUCAGAGUGCUUCCGAGUGCCAAUUUUCGGAUAGCUGCCUCAGCAGAAAAAGAAAGCAUAAGCAGUAUAGAAAUUGGUCAGAGCAUGGAACUGGAAUACUCUUUUUAUGAAGCGCACCAACGAGGAAAGUUGUCUACGUUGUACCGCCAAGAAAGCUCACUCUUCUCUUUAACUUUAGAACUUCAGGGAUAUAAGGAAGUGGUAAACGUUCCCAUAGCCAAACCAGGUCGACGACUGUACAAUGUAAAAACCAACCUUGCUGAUCGUUCAGACUCAAUCAUUGUACAGAUAGAUGCCACAGAAGGAAAUAAGGUUAUUACUGUACGAUCUCCUCUGCAGAUCAAGAACCAUUUCUCGAUUCCAUUUAUGAUCUAUAAGCUGGCUGUAGACUCCAAGUCACUGGAGCCAAUUGGCAUAUCCAAGCCAGAAGAGGAAUUUCAUGUUCCUUUACAUUCAUACAGGUGUCGUCUAUAUGUUCGACCAACAGGAAUGGUAGAGGGUCAGUUUCGGGAGUCCACAACUUACAUUGCCUGGAGGGAAGAGCUACACAGGAGCAACGAAGUGAAGUGCUUAUUACAGUGCCCAGCCACUGUGACAAAUUUCUUGCCUCUAAUAGUCAGCUCAAUGGCUGUGCCUGAUGAACUAAAUUUUAUUUCACCUUCUGGAGAGGAGUGGGAUCCUGCCUACAUUAUCCACCUUCACCCUACACUGACUGUGAGGAAUCUUUUACCAUACUCCUUGAGGUAUUUACUUGAGGGAACAGCAGAAGCUCAUGAACUGAUGGAAGGGAGUGCUGCAGAUGUUUUCCAUUCAAGAAUCAAUGGAGAAAUAAUGGAGCUUGUGUUAAUAAAAUAUCAAGGCAAAGAUUGGAAUGGGCAUCUUAAAAUUUAUGAUGGAAUGCCUGAAUUUUUUCCUGUGUGCUUCACAUCCAAUUCUGCAGCGGCGAUGACAGUGGAUAUUUAUGUACACACUAGGCGAAUUGGAAGCCGUAUCAUCUUGUCUGUGUUCAGUCCUUACUGGAUAAUCAACAAGACUUCCCGUGUUCUCCAGUAUCAAGCUGAAGACAUUCAUGUGAAGCAUCCAGCAGACUACAGAGAUACUGUUUUGUUCUCCUUUAAAAAGAAAAAUAUUUUUAGUAAAAAUAAGAUCCAGUUACGUAUUUCAACUAGUACCUGGUCCAGUAGCUUUUCUCUUGAUACAGUAGGAAGCUAUGGAUGUGUCAAGUGUUCAGCUAAUAACAUGGACUAUCUGGUUGGAGUUAGCAUCAAAAUGAGCAGUUUUAACCUUACCAGAAUAGUUACCUUCACUCCGUUCUACACAAUUGCAAACAAAUCUUCUCUGGAGCUAGAAGUUGGAGAAAUUGGUCCUAAUGGCUCUCUUCCAACUAAUAAAUGGAAUUAUGUCUCAGCUUCAGAGUGUCUUCCGUUUUGGCCUGAAAACUCAUCUGGUGAGCUUUGUGUGAGAGUAGUUGGUUAUGAAAGCUCAUCCAAACCAUUCCUGUUUAAAGCCCAGGAUAACGGUACUCUGCUGAAGCUGGAAGAACUGAAUGGGGGCUUACUGGUAGAUGUAAAUGUUUCUGAGCAUUCCACUGUCAUCAGCUUCUCAGAUUACCAUGAGGGAGCUGCUCCAGCUCUUAUUGUUAACCAUACUUCGUGGGACUCUCUCAGAUACAAACAGAGUGGAUUACAAGAGGAAAUGGAGUUGAAACCAAAGCAAGUAUGCCUGUUUGCAUGGACAGAUCCAACUAAACCAAGAAAACUGACUUGGGGCUACUCCCAAAAUUUUGGUGAACAUGAUCUGCUUAAGGAUGAAUGUGGCCAGUUCCCUUACAACUCAAAUACUCAGAUACAUUGGGUAUCUUUCUUGGAUGGACGUCAGCGAGUGCUACUUUUCACAGAUGAUGUUGCAUUGGUUUCUAAAGCACGGCAAGCAGAGGAGCUGGAACAACCUGAUCAAGAAAUAAACUUAUCUAUCCAUAGUCUUGGACUUUCCCUUGUUAACAAUGAAAAUAAAAAAGAAAUCUCUUACAUAGGAAUUACUAGUUCUGGUGUUGUUUGGGAACUGAAACCGAGGCAUAAGUGGAAGCCAUUUAAUCAAAAGCAAAUAAAUGUGUUGGAACAAGCCUAUCAAAAAUACCUUUCUAAGAGUGCUUUUCAAACUCCAGGUUGGCAUAAACUGGACAGCAAUACAGAGGUGAAUUUUAGUAAGUUUCCAAUGGAGAUGCGUCUCCCGGUCAGGUGCAGCAUCCGACGAAACUUCCUGUCAGGAAUUCAGGUGGAGUUCAAACAGUCGCCUCAUCAAAGAAGCUUACGGGCUCAGUUGUAUUGGCUGCAGGUUGAUAAUCAAUUACCAGGAUCAAUGUUUCCUGUUGUGUUUCAUCCUGUAGCCCCUCCCAAGUCAGUUGCUUUGGAUUCAGAACCAAAACCCUUCAUUGACAUCAGUAUCAUCACUAGAUUCAAUGAAUACAGCAAAGUACUGCAAUUCAAAUACUUCAUGGUUCUUAUUCAGGAAAUGGCACUGAAAAUUGAUCAAGGUUUUUUAGGAGCACUUAGUGAACUUUUCACUCCAUCUGCAGACCCAGAAGCUGAAAGACAAAGGUCUAAAUUAAUUCAGAAAGAUGUGGAUGCACUUAACACUGAACUAACGGAGUCUUCCCUAACAGACCUGUCAAUGCUCAGCUUCUUUGAGCAUUUUCAUAUUUCUCCAAUUAAGCUGCAUUUGAGUCUGUCUCUGGCUUCUGGUGGAGAAGCAUCAGAUAAGGGGGAAGAAAUGAUAGCCAUUCAUUCUCUGAAUUUGCUUUUGAAAAGUAUUGGAGCUACUCUAACAGAUGUGGAUGAUCUUAUUUUCAAACUUGCUUUCUUUGAAAUUAAAUAUCAGUUCUACAAGAGAGACCAACUGAUGAACAGAGUUGUUAGACAUUACAGUGAGCAACUCCUGAAACAGAUGUAUGUUCUUGUCCUGGGGUUAGAUGUUCUUGGAAAUCCAUUUGGCUUGAUCAGGGGUUUGUCUGAGGGAGUUGAAGCUUUCUUCUAUGAGCCGUUCCAGGGUGCUGUUCAAGGGCCUGAAGAAUUUGCUGAAGGCUUUGUAAUUGGUGUUAAAAGUCUUCUUGGGCACACAGUGGGUGGUGCAGCAGGGGUGGUGUCCAGGAUCACUGGUUCUGUUGGAAAAGGUUUGGCUGCUAUUACUAUGGAUAAAGAAUUUCAGCAAAAAAGGAGAGAGGAAAUGGGUCGGCAGCCAAAAGACUUUGGUGAGAGCCUGGCCAAAGGAGGAAAAGGCUUGUUACGGGGUGUUGUUGGAGGUGUGACUGGCAUAAUCACUAAACCUGUAGAAGGGGCUAAAAAAGAGGGUGCGGCUGGAUUCUUUAAAGGAAUUGGAAAGGGGCUUGUAGGAGUGGUAGCCCGCCCAACAGGUGGCAUUGUAGAUAUGGCAAGCAGUACCUUCCAGGGAAUCCAAAGGGUGGCAGAAUCAACUGAAGAAGUAUCUAAUCUCCGUCCUCCACGUUUCAUUCAUGAAGACGGCAUCAUCCGGCCAUAUGAUAGGGUGGAAGCUGAGGGUUAUGAUUUAUUUGAGAAAUUGCACAUCAGAAAGCUGGAAAAGGAGAGCUAUCGGUACCACUGUGCACUUCCAAGAGGCAGAAGAGCAAACCUUAUUGUUACCAAUAGGAGAGUGAUAUAUGUAAAAGAAGUGGAAAUCUUAGGCCAUUUAACAACAGAAUGGAAUUACUUAUUUGAAGACUUUACAUGCCAUCCCUUUUGCGAAGCAAAUGUUCUAAAAAUAACUGUUUUGGAUCAAAGCAUGUUUCAGAGGAAGGACAGUCUGGGUCAUGAAUGUGUAAAGACAGUUCAUUUUCAGGAUGAAACAACAGCACAGAGGAUUUGUUGCGCCAUUCAGGAAGCCCAGGCAACAAGAAAACAACAAAAGUUGGUGAAGCAGGCAUCACUGCAGUUGAAGAAACCACAGACACUAUCUUGAUAAUGGCAGAAUUUGCUGAC